AUGCAUCGUAAUAAUCAGUGGACAAUUUAUAUUUGGUCACGACUUAUCAACUUUAGUCUUUUGAGAUUAGAAACCGAUAAAUGGAAGCAAACACUUGCACAACUAAAUGAUUGGAUGAUCAAUGUGAAGCACGAUAGUUACGAUGCCAAUGACACGUUGACAAUUAUUUUAAUUAAGACUAUAUUCGAAAUUGUCAUUUCUAAACAUAUUAAAUCUAUAUUGGUUACUCCAAAUAUAAAAUCGAUUCUUCAAUAUAUUCUACAUGCAAGACAAGACAAUUCGUAUUUAAUUGAUACAAAACAAGUGGAUGAUUUCGUUCAAAAUAUAUGUCAUUCAAUUCAAGAUAUUUUAUCAUUAAAUAGCACACGAACCGAAUAUUCCAAACUCUUAAAUAUAUCAAACGUUUCUUAUUUUCUUUCUUUCUUCGAUCUGAAAAAUAUUUUUACUUCAUCAAAUCCACAAUACUAUAAAUUUCCUGUUACGACACCCCAAAUCGAUACAAUUGUUUCUAUUGAUAAGCCAAAUGAUAUCGAUAUAUCUAAGAUUGAACCGAAAGAGCAAUUCUUCGACCGUUUUAUACAACAAGUUAAUGAAUGGCUAGAAUGGAAUGUAAAUGGUGCUGAGCAACUAUUUAGUGAUGUAUGUACAAUCAAAAAUGAUUCAACAAUUAAAGUCAUUAAAAUAAAAACGAUCAUACAACAUAUUGUAAAACUACUCAAGUCUCUCAACAAUCUUCAACGUUUUUGUGGUUUAUUCAAUUGUUUUAACUCAUUUGAAAAUAUUGAUUCUGGUACUUUGAGCCAACCAGAUCAAUGGAGAUCUUAUAUUCAAGACCUAAAGCGAUCGCACGCAAAUGCUACAUUCACAGUGAAUGCCAAUGCUAUAUCCGAUCUCAAGUGGUCGAUUGAUGCUCAUCGACUUGUUCAUUGGUCGAUUGCUUGUGAAGAACUUGAUUGUAACAUUAAAAUAGAAUAUCGAAUUAUUACACCUCAUAUUAAGAGUCACAUAUUAUUUCCCAAUCAAAAUGUUCCUCUUCAUAAACAAGUUUUACAAGGUGAAUUUAAAACACAACGAAGUGGUGAUUUGAUGAUAACUAUUGACAAUAGAAAUGGACGAGUUCCACGGAAACUUUGGUAUCAAUAUAAAACAAUUCCUUUUUCAACAUACCAUCUAUUUGAUGGUAUCUUUUCUAUGUAUUAUCGAAAAUAUUUCGAACAAUCAACUGUAAAUCUAACAGAAAAUGAUUUGAAUGAAUUGAUCGAUCAAGUCUUCUAUUUUAUUGAUAAUCUUUUAAAUGGUAAUAUCACUUUACAUGAAAUGAAUUAUCUUAAAACUGUUUUUCACGAUAAAAAUAUUGAUGUUAGAGAAGAAGUCAAAACAUUAUUUGCUAAUCGUUCAAUGAUAGAUAAUCAACAAGAAACAAUGAGAACGACAUCAAACUUCAUGUCACAUGGUCGAAAUGAACAAGAUAUCGAACAAGUUUGUGAAUGGCUAAGAACUUAUCAAUACUACAGUCAUCUUAAUAUUAUAACUGAUUGUGUACAAAAAUUUAAUAUUAUUACGAAUAGUGAUGAAAAUAAUGAAUCCAUUGAUCAUCUACAAGAAAUGAUCAUUAAUGAAAAUUGCUCUCUUAAACAAAUUUCAGAAACUUACAAAGAUCUUUAUGAAUGUUUUCAAAAAUUAACAAAUCAUCAUUUACAAUUAAUUAAAACAAUGGUCGAAUGUUCAAACAUUGUACAAAUAAUGAGAAAUUUUGAUUUAUAUUCUACUCAUGGAUUACGUCGAUUUCAAGAAUUACGAGAUAACCUAACCGCACAAUUUCAAUUACAAGAACGCAAUAAUAUGAUUCUUAAUUCAUGGAUUAUUAGUUAUGCUUUAUGUGAACCAUUUCUUCGUCAAGUAGAAAAAUUAGAAGAAUUUGUAGAAAAUCUUGCAAAAUUACCAAAUCUUGAUGAAAGUUCAUUGGAACAUAUUAAAGCUGUCAAUGAUAAUAUACAAAUUAUAAAUAUGUGGCUAUCAGCAGAAGAAACAACAAUAUUAGAUCAUGCUCUUAUCACAAUGGAACAUUUAUACAAGACUGGUAUUGUUAAUAUUCAUUUAAGACAUUUAAUAAAUGAGCAAUCCUAUUUCGAAAUUGAAUAUUCAAUUGGUAAAAUAUCAACACAAAUCAAUAGAUCAAAUGAAUCUAGUUGUGAUGAAGAUGAUGAAGAAAUACAACAACGAGAGAAAAUAAAACUUACAUUAUCUAUGACUGAUAUUGAUGAUCAUAAACGUCAAUUAACAUUUUGUAAUGCUGAUAUACAAAAAAAUAAGAUGGACAAAAAGAUAUUAUUAAAUGAACAAUUAAAACUAUUGUAUACUAUAGAAAAAAUUUAUUCAAUUCUUGUGAAACUUGAAAAAGUAGGUCAUCCAAAUUAUCAAUUAAAAGAAUACAGAUAUAAAAUCUAUGAUCAAUCAGGUAGACUUAACAAAAUAUUAUCUGAUUUGAAAAAUAAUCAAAAUAACAGCGAACAAGAACUUGAACAAGCAAUUAAAGAUCGAACAAUUGAUUUUGAAUCAAUUUAUCUUGAUUUAGACGCUCAUUAUAAUAGAUGGAUAAGAGAUUUAGAAAAUUAUCGAUAUGAAAGUCGUUUAUUAAUAUUAUUUUCAAAUCGUCAAGUUAUGAUCAUGAUCAUUUUAUUGACAACAACACAAAAUCAAAUUCAACAAAAAUUUUUAGAGAAAUUAUUUUCAUUCAACGAUUUCAAUAAUCAAAAAGAAGAACAAUUUAAUUUAAUUAUUCUAUGUUUAAUUCAUUAUUUACAAUCAUUGAGAAUCAAAGAUUGUAAUUUAUCUAGAGAUCAUAUCAUUGAUUUAUAUAAUAAAUAUAAAAUAGAAUAUGGUUCAUCAACAGAUAUUAGUCUACAAUAUUUAUGUUCUUUUUUAAAAGAUUUAUUCAACAAUGGAAAAGAAUUAUUAACAAAAAAUACAACAAUCAAUGAGAAUCAACAAUUUCUCAUUACACUUAAUUCAUCAGAACGAACUCAAGAUAAAAUCAAAAUUGACAAUGAUUUUGAUAUAGAUACAUGCUGUAUACUUUUAAAUAUUUUUAAUGAUCGAUUACCAGCUGAUUAUCAAAUAUUAUGGUGUUCUAUUUCGACAGAUGAUGAUAUUCGAUUAUUUUUUUCACGUGUACGAACUUUUCGAUAUUUAACAUUUGCCAUCAUGGAUAUUGAUAAAAUGUCUCAUCGACUUCGACAAUUAUUAUUCAAUGAACAAGAUUCAUUAGCAAAACAAUCUCAACCACAUGGACCAAUUUAUUAUUUUUCAAGAGAAUUAAUAUCAUCUAGAAAAUGUUUACAACCAUACUAUAUAAAGCCACAAGAUCGAAAUCCAUUUCAAACUUAUUCAAAAUUUAAAACAUUAUUAAGAAGAAAUAAUUUUCCAUUACCACAAAUUCAAAUCAUAUAUGGUACUACUGGAAUUGGAAAAACUCAUUUUAUCAAAACAAAUUAUACAGAUCAUAAUACAUCAUGUGUAAGUAUCAAUGAUAAAUUAAAUUUAUCAUCAUUGAUUAGUACAUUUCUAUCAUUGGAAUCAAAAAUAUCAAAUAAUCAAUUAUCAAUCUAUUUUAAUAUUUCAAUUCAUGCUCUAUUUCAACAAUUAAAUCGUGCAUUCUUUUCUUUAUUUAUAUGUGGUUCAUUAAAUGAUCUAAGUAGUGGUCUUACAUUUUCAUCAUCGAUAGAUAAACCAUGGAAGUUUUUUAUUGAAGUUCCUUAUACAAAUAAAUAUAGUCAAACGAUUAAAGAAAAUUUUCAUCAAAUAUUACCAAUACUUUCAAUUAUAUCAUCAAAUACUUUCCAAGAAAUUACCGAUACGAAUUAUCAAUUAUUGAUUGGUGAAGAAGAAGAACUUGUUGCAAGAUUUCUUAAAGCUUAUGAUAAUCAAACUAUUGAUGAUGUUUUAACAGAAAACUCUGAUGAUGAAGAUGAUAAUGAAUUCUUACAUUUUGAUUCACUAACAGAUCAUAAUGAAUGUCGUCAAUAUAUUUAUAAUUGUAUUGAAAACUAUGCAUCAGAAUUACCAAGAAAUAAAAUUUUUGAACUUUCAUUUAUAAAAUUUUUAUAUCGUCGUAUACGAUUUUUUACUGGAUCUUAUUAUUGUUAUAAUAUGACUAUUCAAAAUCUUGGUUCAAUAACUAUGGAACAAAUGAUAACUGAAGCAAAAAAUUUAACUCAAAUAGAUUUUUCUUCAAAUCAUUAUCCACGUAUUUAUCUUGUUUAUGAUCCAGAAUUUUCAUUACAUUUAUUACAUAAUAAUUGGAAUGAAGUUCCAUUAACAUUAAAAUCUCUUUUUCAUAAUCGUGAUCCAUUAAAAACAAUAGAAUAUAGAAAUAAAAAUUAUUUUAUUGAAUGUUUAUCAUGGUUAAUCGAUAUACCUUAUGAUAGAUUUGAAACAAUAAUGAAUGAAAUAAAAUUUAUUCUAACAGAAAAUUUUACUUAUAAACUUUUUCAUAUACAUGAAAGAAAAUUAACUAAAUUACCUCUUAUUAUUGAAGGUGAAACAGGUGUUGGAAAAACUUUUCUUCUUAAAUUUUAUUCUUUAUUAAUUAAUGCUAAUAUAAUUUAUAGUCAAAGUAACAAUAAUAUUGCACCAAAAAUUCUUGAACGUACAAGUUCAUGGUUAUUAACACAUAUUAUUAAUAAUAUCCUAGAAACGGAACCUAAUUUAUUAAAUCGAUUUCUUCGUCGAAUAGAAUCAAAAUUACAUGGUUCCGACGAUACAAAUGACAAUGAAGAAGAAAAUCAACAUAUAAAUCAUGCACUCUUAUUACAAAUAAAGCAAUCCUUACAAAAAUUUGAAUAUAAUCCUGAAAUUUUACGACGUAUAUGGAAAACAAUAAUUACUAUCACACAUGAAAAUGCUGAUAAUAUUGUUAAAAAACUUUUUGAUGAAUUACACGAAUUUAUAACAUCAUAUUUAAGAGAUUUUCCAUUAAUUAAAGCUAGUAUUCAAUUAUUAAAUCUAUUAAAUAAAGCACAUUUAUCAAUAGUUGAAGGAUCUAUUGAAAUUUUCAAUGAAUUCAUAGUUCACACUCAUAUUAAACCAUUAUUUUAUCGUCUUCUUUUACAUCCUGAUAUAACUGAAAAACAAAUCGAACAUUUUAUGUAUCCUAUUUCUCAAUUAGCUAAACAAAUACCUCAUAUUGAAUUUGUCGUCUUUUUUGAUGAAGUUAAUACAUGUUCUUGUCUUGGGUUAUUUAAAGAAAUGUUUAUGGAUGGAACACUACAUGGUAUUAAUUUACCAAAAAAUAUAUUCUUUACUGCAGCUAUUAAUCCAUUAAUAAAUGUUACUAAUGAUUUUCAAGUUCAUCGUCGUGAUUAUAUUGUACAUGAAUUACCACAAUCUUUAAAUAAUCUUAAAGUUUCUUAUGGAAUAUUAGAUUCGAAUACAUUAGCUGAUUAUAUCAAACAAAAAAUAUCAAAAUUUACUGUUAAUUCAACAAGAAAUCGCCAAAUACAAAUGCCAUUAGUACAAUAUGUACAAGAUAUACUUACUCAAUCUAUUCUUAAAGCACAACAAUUUUGUGAAAUACAUCUCGGACGAAAUUCUGUUUCACAAAGAGAAAUUCAAAGAUGUUUUAAUCUUAUUGAUUUCUUUUGGACGAUGAGCUAUAAUGAAGAUUAUAAUGAACCAAAUCCCAUACGAUGUAUUGCUUUAUCAUUAGCAUUGAUUUAUUAUUUUCGACUUCCAACAAAAGAAGAUAAUGCACAACGAAAUGAUUCUAAUACACCAACACGUGAAAAACUUGCUGAAAUUCUUUCAGAAAAAAUACCAGAUUUUGCUCAAAUUAUUCAAAAUGAACUUGAAAGAUUUGUUAAUACUGAUAAUUUUGUUAUACCACAUGGAGUAGCUGUUAAUCAAGCUAUUCGUGAACAUAUCUUUUCCAUUGUUGUUAGUAUUGUUACACGAACACCAUUAUGUAUAAUUGGUGCACCAGGUCAAUCAAAAACACUUUCAUUUCAAAUUGUUUUACAAAAUCUACAAGGUUCUCAAUUAUCAAAAAAAACCUUUUGUAAAUGUCUACCAGCUAUUGAUCCAUUUUUUUGUCUUGGAUCAAAAUAUAGUCGAUCAGAAGAUAUAGUAUAUGUAUUUGAACGAGCUAUUAAACGUGAACAACAAUAUCAACAAAAUCGAAUUGAUAGACGAUGUGUUGUGUUCUUGGAUGAAGCUUCAUUACCUGAUGAGAAAAAGAUGGUAUUAAAAGUCUUACAUCCUUAUUUGGACGAAUGUAAAGUAGCUUUUGUUGCUAUAGCUAAUAAAUCAUUUGAUGCUGCUAAUGCUAAUCGAAUGAUUUGUAUUUAUCGAUCAUUACCAUCAAAAGAUGAACAAAAAAUAUUAGCAUAUGGUUGUCUUGGUUUACAAACUGAAUACGAACAAAAAAAUAUUAACAAACAUCUUGAUAAAAUUAUAUAUGGUAUUUGUCAAGGUUAUCAUCGAGUACUUUCUAAUACAAAUAUUCCUAAAAUUUUUCAUGAUCGAGAUUUUAUUUAUAUGUUACGAGAAUUACGUUUUGAAUUACCAACAACAACAACAACAACAGAUGAUGAAGAAACAAGUAUUAAUACUAUAAAACCAAUAAGUUUAUUACGUGCUCUUGAAGAUAAUUUUAAUGGAAUAAAACAAAAAGAAUUUCAAGAAUUAAUUGAAAUAUUUUUAAAAUCUAUUGAAGAAUAUUCUCCAAAUUUUUCUUUAUCAAAUGAAAGACGACAAGAAAAAUUUUAUCGUGAUAUUCCAACUAUUCUUCAAGAUUCAUUAAAACUUGAUUCAAAACGUCGACGUCUUUAUGGUCGUUAUAAAUUAAUUAUUGAUGAAUCAGAAGAUGAAAGUGCUAUUAAUCUUUUAUUUCAAACAGGUAUUCUAGAUUUCGAUCCUAAACGAAUAUCAAUUUUUCGAAUGUCAGAUUUUUCUGAUGAUAUUAAUAAUGAAUUACGAAAUGUUGAAAUAUUAUCAACAAUUAAAUUAUGUAUGGAAACUGGAAAAACAAUUUUAAUGAUCAAUACAAAUCGAAUACAUGGUUCACUCUAUGAUAUAUUUAAUCAAAAUUUUUCAAUUAUGGCUACAGGUGAUAUGAGAAAAAUUUUUUCGAAAGUUGCUAUUGGUCCAAAAACAAUUGAUGUUGCUAUUCAUGAAGAUUUUCAAUGUAUUGUUCAUGUUAAACGAAAUGAAUUUAAAGAUAUUCCAGCACCAUUUCUAAGUCGUUUUCAAAAAUAUUUAUUAUCUAUUAAGGAUUUCUAUCGUAUUCGAUUACAAAAACUUUCUCGUCAUGAACAGAUUAUUCUAAAUAAUAUUGAAGAAAAAAUUCUAUCAUUUAUUCAACAUUUUGGACGACAAUAUUUUUAUGGUAUGAAUGAUAAUACUCUUUAUUCAUGUCUUCUAUCAUUAAUUAAAAUAAAUGAAAAUGAAGAAUAUUCUUUAUUAAAUCUAAAUCAAUAUUAUACACAAUUAACUAUUAAAUUAAAAUCAUUUAUUGAACAAAAUCCUACAGAUAUUCAACAAUGUUUUUUUCGAAUAAUUCUAUCAAAAUUAAUUCAACUUGUUUCACCUGAAUCAAUUAUAUUAAAAUUACCAGCAUUUGAAGAAAAAUUUCAAAAAUGCUUAUGUAAUUUAUAUUUUCAACAACAAGAACAUUUUAAUUUGAGAAAUUUUAUUCAACAAUUAAUUUCAAAAUCAUUACUUAAUGUCGACAAUAAUGAUUUAUUAUCAUUAGAAAAUACAGAAAAUCAACUAAGUUUCAAUACUAUUCAUAGAACAACAAAAGUAAUUAUAUUUACACGAACAUCAUCCUAUGUACUUGAUCUUAGUCAACAAUUAAAAAAUGAAUUAUUUACUACUAAUAAUGAUAAUGAUGAAAUUUCAAACUAUAAUAAACAAAUAGAAAUUAUAAAUUUAAACACAAUAGAAAAUUCAAUCGAAUUAAAAGACAAAUUUGAUACUUAUAUAAAUAAUCGUACUAAAAAUGUUUUAAUGAUUGUUAUUGAUGGUCGAUAUGAACAACAACGUUUACAUAUUCCUUAUGUUCGACAAUUGAUUGAUACAACUGACUCUUGUUAUAAUACUAAUCAUUGUACAGAGCCGAAAUAUUUUCUUAUGCUUGUUCAUUCAUUAGCACAAGAUUUAUAUCAUCAAUCAUGUUUUUCAUCAAUAUUUUUAUAUGAUUGGGAAUUUUAUUUCUUUGAUACAUGUAUGCCUAGUAGUGCAUUUCAUCUUCAAAAAAUGUUACAAAUUUUAUCAUCGUCUCAUAAUGAUCAACAAUUAGAAAAUUUUGAUAAUAUUCUAUGUGAUUUAAACAUUCUCUUUGAAGAUUCUUUAUGGGAUUUUUGCUCUCGAAUUCAAUUUCUUCUUCCUGAAUUAUCUGAAAAUAUGUUUACAAAUAAAAUAGCUUAUGAAUUUUAUCAACGUUCAACAAAUAUAAUUCGUCGUGUUAAAUGUUUUAAAUAUAUUCUUCAACAAUCAACACAAUUACAAAAACAUAUUAUUAAUAUUUAUCAUAAAUAUUUAUUACGAAAAGAAAAUUCUUCGAAAAAAAUUUACAAUUUAAUUUAUCAAAUUUCAAAAGAUAUUCUAUGUGGUAAACGUUUUGAUAGUCUUAUGAAUUCAAUUCAAUUACAAACAAAAAAUUCAUUUACAAAUUUCGUUUCAAAUAUUUUUAAAUUCAUUGUUAAUGAUUAUGGAUUAGAAACAUUACCAAAAUUAUCAACAGAUCAUAAAAUUUAUGGUUCAUUAUUAAAUCUAAUUGAUUAUCAAUCAUUUUCAAGCAAUGAUGAUAAAAAUUUAUUUUCUUUAUCAUCAAAUACACAAGGAAUAUUUCAACUUAGUACUCAUUAUUCUUAUAUACCACAAACACCAUUGUAUUAUCUAUUUCAUCAACGCAUUAAAAGACAUGCAGACGAAAUUAAAUUAACAAUUAUUCUUAAAUUAAAAGAUCAUCAAGAAAAAGAAGAUCGCUUACGUAAUGAUUAUUAUACUAUUCCAUCAAUAACUACUGCAAAUGAUCAUAAUGAAAAUAAUUCUGAAAUGACUCCAUAUACAUUUGAAGAAUAUCGACAUAAAUUAAUCGAUUCUAUUCUACAUGAUCAAGUAUUAACUGAUAUGAUUUGUGAACGUAUUGUUUAUUCUUAUUCAACCGAUCUUGUUGGAACAAUUUGUACUAUUGUCGACAAUAAUUUUAACAAUGAUCUUGUUCAAUGUCAACAAGCAGUUGAAUUUGUGUCACGUUGGUUAUUACAUAUCGAUAAUAAUGAUUGCCAAUUAUUUGAGGAUUGUACUAAUAAAUAUGUAUGGCGUCUUGCACAUGUUUAUACAUCAUUUGAAUAUGAACAAAAUGAUCUUAUAUCAAUAUAUUCAGCAAUUCGUAUUCUUAAUCGUAUGGAUUCUACACAAUCAUCAUCUUACAAUUAUUUAUUCAAUGAAGAAAAUACAACACGUUCUAAAAUACGUGAAAAAUUUUUUUAUUUAAUAUUUGAUUAUUUAUGGAAAACUCUUAAUAAAUUAUGUUCAAAUAAUGAAAAUUAUGAAACAUGGAUAUAUGCAUAUACAUUUAUUUCGAAAUAUUAUCCAUCAGAAAAAAUUUUACGUGGUAUACAAUUAAAUAGUAUUAAAAGUCAAAUUGAAUUUAUGAAUUUAGCUUAUUUAAUAUUUUUAAAUGAUACAAUAACUGAACCACAAGAAUUAAUAUUGAUGUUACUUAAAGACACGAAUUUUAAUCGAUCAUCAACUUGUUUAAAAUUAUUAUCAAAUAUGACCGAUGUUAUUUGUCAAUAUUUGAAAAAGAAAAACAUUAGUAAUUCAACAUUGUUUAUUGAUCUUCAACAAUGGAUAAUAACAAUAUUAAGAUCAAUAACACGACCAUCACAACAAUAUAUUCAUGUUCUCUUCAAAUACUUAGAUAAUUCAGCGCAUCAAUUAUCUCUACCAAUGAAACAGUUUCUUUUCGAUGAAUUGAUUAAUAUAUUUCUACAAUUAAAACAACGAAAUAUACAAACUUUUGAUUUUUGGGACCGUUUAAAUAUAAUUUCGGAUUUAAUUGAAUGUAUAUCGAAUGUCAAUCUACUUGAAAAUUAUAAAAUACCAUAUCAUCCAUUAAUAUUAUCAGACAAUCACGAUUUACAAACACGACCAAUAUUACUUGAUUUAUAUUUCUUUCAUCUUAGACGUCAAAUGAUUCAGGAGAAAAUUACUGGAAAACUUAUUAAUAAAGGAAUGUUAUUAAAAUUGCCAAAAGUUACAAAUCAACAUUUAAUACCUUUGGUAGAAAGUCUUUUCAAACAAUUAAAAGAUUAUUUUCGAGUAACAAUGAUUGCUUUAUUAUUAUGUGAAUUAAACUUGAAUAAUGAUGAACUCAAUGAUAUCAAUCGUAUUAUGUCAACACUCAUCGAUGAACUUUUAUUAAUCGAUCAACAACCAACACAAUUUAAUGAUUAUCUUCAACUUUUUCUAUCAACAAUAAUAUCGAAAACAUCAUGGAAUUAUCUUUUAAAUUUAUUAAAAUCUGAACAAAUUCAACGUUGUAAUAAUCAAUGGGCAACAAAUUUAUAUCAUUUACUUGAAUUAAAACAAACAUCAAAACAAAAUAAAUAUUUACAAUUAUGUCAUCAGAUCGAAUUUACAUUAUCAUCAAAGAAUGAUUUAUCAAUAUUUCCUAUAUUUCAUCAACCUUAUCAGGAAUUAAGAGAAAUUAUGGACACAUGUGUUAAAAAUCAUACUGAAAAAAAUCCAUGGAAAAUUUUAUUUGAUUGGAUUCAAUUAAAAAUCAAUUCAAAUCCAAUACAAUUACAAUUAAAUGAAAUUAAUGUUAUGUUAUUAUUAAUUAUUUACUAUGAAUAUUAUUGUAAUAAUCAAUUAUCAUCUAUAGAUACAUUAUUAGAAAUAAUUGAGAAUAAUUUACCAUUAUCAUCUGAAGAAUUACGAUUAUUUCGUAUUUUUAUCAAACCUCAACAAUAUAUGAUUGGAUAUCCAAUAGAAAAUAAUAAUAAUAAUAAUACUGAUAAAAAUUUCCUUAAUGAUUUAUUUAAACUUGAUUGUAAAGAUGAAUUUGAACUAUCUUUACGUCAUAUGCUUGUUAAUCUUAUGGCAAUGAUUUUAUUAGGUGGAAAACAAUCGUUUCUUUGGACAUUUAUGUUUCAACCAUCUAUAUUACAAAAUACGUUUGGAUUUGGAUCAACUUCACGACAAAUCAUUCGACCAAAUGGUGUUCAUUAUGAUUGUGGUUGUAUCAUUUCACAAAAUGGAGAGUUAUUACAAUUUAGGAAUAGAGGAGAUGAAAGUGUAUUAAAUAUUCCAGCAGUUUAUGUUGCGUAUUUUUCAACAUUUGGUGCAUUGGCAUGGCAUCUAUUGUUAUUUGAUACAUCUGUUGAAAAUUUACAUAGGCCAAUUCUUUCACCAACAGCUAUUGCUGAUAAUACUCCAGCUUAUCGAAUGGCUGGUAAUAGUAUACGAGCUAAAAUUUGUUGUUUUGUGUCUGCUAGAUUAUUAUCAACAUUUCAUUUUUUAUCUAUUCAAUCAAAUCAAAAUGAUACAUGUAUUCUUUUAACUCGUUGUUUCGAACAAAUGGCAUUUCUUACACUAAAUCGAAAUUCAUGGAUUAAACCUAUAUAUACAAAUAUAGAUGAUGAACUCAAAGCUGAACGAGAAUAUCAAGAGAAUGUAUUUUAUUUUAUUUAUAAUAAUCUAUUUGGCUAUAAAACUCAUAUUAAUCAAUUAAAUUUGCAAUCACAAAUACAAAUGAAUCUUCAGCAUUUUAUCGAUCAAAUGCCUCUUAUUAUUCAAUUUAAACAUUUUAAAACUGAAUUACAUCGUUUAACGAAUUCACAAAUAUCCUUAAAAAUUUUACGACAAAUUCUUAAUUCUUUUGAAAUUUUAAAAAUAACAAAAUUAAUCUAUGAUCUUAGUCAAUUUUAUAUUCUUUUACAUCAAACUUAUACACAAUUAAUUGAUCGUAAUGAAUUUUUAACAAUAACAUUAAAACAAUUGUAUGAUCGAGGUCAAAAAUAUUACAAUCAUUCUCAUUAUCAACAAGAUCAAAAUGAAGAUAAAAUGCAUCGUACAAUUAUUGAAAAAGGAAUUGAAGCUGUCAAUAUUUAUUAUCAAUUUUCUGAUGGGUUUAUUCGACCAGGUGCUUGUGAUGAAACUCAACGUUUUUCAAUUAUUUCAUUCGAUACACCAAUAAAUUAUUUAGUUACGAAUGAAAAUCAUGAUGAAGGCGAUAUUAUUAUGCGUAUAAUCAGGUGA